AGUCACACCACCUGCGCAGUCAGUCUGGAGGAGCGGGAGUGCAGCGGCUGCAGCGGCAGCUCAGAAGACAACGCAGAGUCCUGAACCCGGCCUGUUAGAAGAGCUCGGUUCUCCUGUUGAAUCAUGUUGGCCAUCGUACUCAUCAUAUCGCUCCUGAGUCAAGGUCAGGCUGUAGACUAUGGCACAGACUUCAUCACAGCGUUUCCAGAGAAUCUUGCUUACUACUUUCCAGCAACACUCUCCCUCCAACUGAAAAUCACCUCCCUCCUCCCUAACACUGUCAUCACCGUCAGCAUGAACACUACAGUUAUCAAACAGCUAACCAACGGCUCACCACAAGUGUCUAUUGUGAAUAUUAAUAAUGCAGAAGUUAAUCAGUUAGGAAUCUCCGGGAGUGCGAUCAGAAUUAUCAGCGACAAGAACAUCACUGUGUUUUCCAUCAGCAAGAGAGGAGACAGCGUCCAGUCCAACCUCGUUCCACCUACAGCACAUCUGGGGGUGGAAUAUCUGGUCCCUUCCCUUAAUUACACUGAGCUCGCUGUCCAGAUGAACACCUAUAACGUGUCCCAGUUCGCCAGCUCCAGCGCUGUGCUGAUGGAUUUCAGUUACCGACUCCUCAUUAUUAACGCAAAAGAAACUGACAAUGUCGUCACGGUGACCGAAAAACAACCCGGUGGAGAUAUCGUAACAACCAUCACACUAGGUCCUUUGGCGCUGACCCAGCUGGCCAGCAGCGCUUACUGGUUUAAAGUCUCGUCUACUGAUAAGGUGGCCGUGAUUCUUACCAACCCGUGCGUCGACAGCCUGAGCUGCAGAUGUAACAUGAUUGCGCACCAACUCCGACCCAGCGAAUUGCUGGGAACCGAAUUCAUCUUUCCUCAAUUCAACUCCUCUACUUACCGCCUUUUCGUGACCUCGGCCGAAAGCGUUGACCUCAGCUGUGGCUCCGAGACCAGAAACAUUCAGCCCGGUUCCUUGGGAUUGCUUCCUUAUUUGCCCGAUCUUGUCAGUACAAACCCAAUCCUCAAAACAUCCAAGCCAUCUGCGGUCAGAGUAAUCAGACCUGGCUUCAUUAUCGACCUGCUCCCCAAAAGCAUGUUUGCUGGCUGCUUCUUGGUGCAUGUUAACAUUAACACCCAACCUAAUGCUUUAGUCAUAGUAGAAACGGCACAGAAAGAUUUAUUGUACAUAGGCUCUGCUCUUGCUACUGGAACAUCCUGGGAAGAGAUCAGUGGUACACCCUACUCAUGGGAUUUAAUAACCAUGACUACGUCAUCAUCCAUUAUUUGGCAUCCUAACUCACCAAUUGCAGUGUAUUCCAUAGAGAAAUCGGGGGCGGUGGGGGUUUAUGGAGGUCCGGCAAUUUCUUUAAACAAUGAGCCAGACCCCAAUGGUUGUGUUGUGGUUCCCAUGUCAUUUGAGCUCUCUAACGUCACAAUGAGUUGGCAGGCGUCUCGGUCCUACUGCACCAGUAAAAAUGAGAUUCUGGUGAGUCCUAACUUCAACUACACACAGCAAAAAAUGGUAGCUGCACUUAACAGCAUGAAUGCAGAAGGUUAUGCAUGGCUUGGCCUGCGCCGCAACCUCGUCACCUCCGAGUGGUACUGGCACAGAUCUGUCGCUUUUGGCUUCGCCAACUGGGACAACAACCAACCGGCGGGCGGCCUGUGCGUAUCCAUGAGGAUGGAACCCAAUGGGAACUUCACCUGGAGCACCGUGCGCUGCUGCUCACCCAUGCUGCCCCUGUGUGCCACAGAUAUGGUAACCGUCACCACCCUUACAGACGUUCCUAUUUAAUGAGCUGCCUCUACCACCGCCUCAGGCCCAACCACCAGCCUGUCAACCAUCUAAUAAUGGCAGAGAAAUUAUCCUCGCUUCAUUUUACGUGUAUUUAUUGGCUGUUUAAUGCAACCUUCCUGUUUAAUAGAAGAAAAAUAUAAUUGUCUCAAACUGUUAAUUAACUAGCCUACAACAUCUGCUUUCAUUUGCUUCAAACUUUGGGCUAUGAACCAUUUAACCUGAGCAGCACGUAUAUGCUAACUCUAACAUGACACAACAGUCCAUUAGGUGGAUGCUAAUCGUCUUAUUAGCGUAGUGCAUUGCUGCUGAGUUAUUUGAACACUCGAAAUACAAGCGCUAUGACAAAAGAAAUAUAAGAUUCCUACUUGGGAGCAGCUGAUGCUAAGACGUAGCAUUAGCCUUUUCCAGUGUAGACAGAAUGAGCGUGUGUGUGUGUGGCUAGCCAUGUUCUCAUUCAAAAUGUUGAAUUAAACUGUUAAAAACUAGCCAGUGGACAUCUCUGUGUGGAAAAAGCAGAUGAAAUCAGAUGACAUUGUCUUCUUUAACAUUGCUUCAGUAAUAGCUAGAUUUCUCAACACCUUCUGCUGCAUACAAAUAAACACUGCAUGGAUAUUAUUAAACCCAUUUUUAUUAUUUUAAGUAGAUUUCACCUGAAUGGAAACUUAGCUUCACUUGUAUCCUGUAAAUGUUUAUCUAAGACACAUAUAUAUAAAUAUAUUAU